GAUUGAAUAUCUUUAUGAUUUCAUAUAACUUGUUUACACAACUUUUAUAAAGGCUAGCUUUUGUUCGUUUAAUUAAUUGAUACAUGGUCUGACUACCACAAUAGCUGAUAUAAAAAUUUGCCUUUGGGUUUAUGUCAUGCAAUUUCCUCUUAUUUCUAUAUAUUUAUCGCUGUAAUUUAUUUAUUUUGUAUUUGCAGGACAUAGUACUAGUAGGAGGAUGGCAACCUCAGGGUUUUUUAAGGACACUGAAAUUCAUAAUGUCACCACUAAAUCUGGUACACGUCGAAUAGGAGAAGGACAUAGGUGCUCGGAGUCUGACAUAAUUUUAGACCAAGGACCUUCUGCACCAUUGCCUAGCGGAAUUCCAACCUACACAGUUGUACUAUGCAAUGCUUGUGUAUCUGGCUGUAGCAUCACCAACAUCCAUCUCAGAUGCGGGUGGUUCAGCUCCGCUAGGCUUAUCGAUCCUUUCGUGUUUCGAAGACUUCGUUUUGAUGACUGCCUUAUCAAUGAUGGCAAGCCCCUUGAUGCUGGCCAAAGCCUCACUUUCCAAUAUGCCAACACUCGUAGUUACCCUCUCUCUAUUUCCUCUGUUGUUUGCGUAUGAAAUAUUCCUAUGCCAUAAAUGUGUGUAAUCACGUAAGUGUAAAAAUGAUUACAUAUAUAGUUAUAUUGAUCAUCAACUAUUUAGCUGGUAAGUUAGUGUAGUUAAGGGGAAGUAUAAAUUAUGUACUUCCUGUCAAUCUAUCA